UGCCAUCGCCAACACGUCGAUGUUGUUGUUUUUUGCCACUUGUGGACAUUUUGGCGCCACUUUUGCUGUGUCUCCUCGAAAGACAAGAGAGAGAGUUUGCCAGGAAAAAUUCGCGAAAAUUGAGAAAAAAGUAAGAAAAAUCUUCUGUAGUUUGUGAAAAUACGCAGGAAGUGCAAAGAGGGAUUCUCUGGCUGCUGUUUGAUUGAAUUUUACGGGAUCUGCGGGUAACGCUGAAGGUGUGAGAGGUGAAGAAAAUUGCUCGAUUGAAACGACAACAAAGAGAAGUUGAGAAAAUGAGUUCCGGUAGUAAGAAUAAUCACGAUAGUUCCUACAGCAGCAGUGAAGACUACACAGAGACCCCAGAGGAUCGUCGAAGGAAGAAGCGCAAUCCUCGUCAUCCUGGGAGUGUUGGCGUAAAGCCACAGCAACAGAAGAAAUCUCCAGCUGUGCAGGCAACACAGAGUCUGCAGCCGAAUGUGCCGACCCCAUCGACAAGUGGUCAAAUACUCGAGGAACGCAUCACCCUCGUUGUGGACAAUUCUCGCUUUGUGAUUGAUCCCACACUGUUCACUGCCCACCCCAAUACAAUGCUGGGACGAAUGUUUAGUUCCGGCAUCAAUUUUAUGCACCCCAAUGAGCGUAGUGAGUACGAAGUUGCCGAAGGAAUCUCCGCGAGUGUUUUCCGCAUCAUCUUGGACUUUUACAAGCACGGCGUCAUCCGGUGCCCACCCACAGUGCCUGUCCAGGAGCUACGGGAGGCAUGUGACUACCUCCUUGUUCCAUUUGACGCCACAACUGUACGCUGCCAGAAUCUAAACACCAUUCCGCUUCAAGGAGGUUUCCUGCAUGAGCUCAGCGACGAAGGAGCUAGAUGCCAAUUUGAGGUAUUCCUCGAGGAGCUAAUUCUACCACUUAUGGUUGCAUCAGCACAGCGCGGGGAUCGCGAAUGUCACGUUGUUGUUCUCCUGGAUGAUGAUGUGGUGGACUGGGAUGAGGAGUAUCCACCUCAAAUGGGAGAAGAGUACUUCCAGACUGUCUCCAGUACUCUCCUGUAUCGAUUCUUCAAGUACAUUGAGAAUCGCGAUGUGGCCAAGCAGGUGCUAAAAGAUAGGGGCUUGAAGAAGAUUCGCCUGGGAAUUGAGGGAUAUCCAACGCACAAGGAGAAGGUCAAGAAGCGCCCUGGUGGCCGUGCUGAGGUCAUCUACAACUACGUUCAGCGUCCCUUUAUCCACAUGUCCUGGGAAAAGGAGGAAGCAAAGAGUCGUCAUGUUGACUUUCAGUGUGUCAAAUCAAAAUCCGUGACGAAUCUGGCUGAAGCCACAGCUGAUCCCAUGAUUGAGCUCGAUGCUGCUGGAAAUCCCCUGCCGGCUGCUCAACGUUUGCAAGCCGUCCAGGCGGGUGAUGCAGAGCUAAUGCAGAGGAGGGAAUUUGUAGCUGAACCAGAGGAGGGUGCUGUUGGUGGGAUACUCAAUGAUCUGGAACCACUUCCACCGGACGAAUAGGAUGAGCUUUUUUACUUCUUCUAAAUUUAUUUUCUUUUUUUUUCUACUUAAAAAAAAUGAAAGCAAGAAGAAAAAUUUCUAUAAACGCACACUCUCCGGGAAUCCCAUGGGGGCUUCCUCCCGAAUAAAAAGAAAACAAAGGCUUUGUGAGAUUCUCAAAAGGUAAAAAAAAAUAAACAAACUAUCCUGCCCUCAAUUUAUAUAUAAUAUAACUACAUAGACUUGUAUAAUUACCCCCGAAUUGCGUUGAAACUUCCGUUGCAGUAUUUUGUGUCGUUGACUUCCGGAAGAGCACGCGAAACGGGGGAUUAAAAAUUAAUCGUAAAAUGUAUAAAUUUUUAUUCAAUAUUCAUGUGUAAAUGUUUUUAAAAAGGCAUUUUUACAGCAUAAAAAAAAAACAAUUAUUUAUUGUAAGUGAUACAUUGUCCUUGUAAAAGGGAAAGAAAGCUUCAUACAGCAUUAAAAAAAAACAUUAGAUUAGUGAGCAAUUUGGGAAAGUUAAGAGGAAGAAUUUGCUAAAUGCGGUUUUUCGUUGCUUAAGAAUCUCAUUUUUUGUACUUUUCUCCUUAUUUUGUAAUGUUUUUUCAAAGAAAUAUUAUGUUUGAGUACCAGGGGGAGUCGAAAACUCUGAAUUUUUCAUUAUUCUUUGAAAAAAAAAUCAAGGGGUGUUUGUCUGUCGAAUAUUUUGAUUAUUUUGGCGAAUAAUCCGAAGAUAAGCAAAUCAUAAUAUUUCCAAAGAUGUGAAUAUUCUCAUUUUCAGCUGGAAUUUAGUACUUCUUCGGCUUGAAUUUAGUACUUUUUCGGGUUAAAUUUUGUACAUUUUCCGAUUGAAUUCAGAACAUUUUCAGAACUAUAUUUUUGGAUAGAGUUUAUUAUGUUUUCGACUAAAAUUUAGUACUUUUAAUUAUUGAAUUUACUUCUUAAGAUUGAAUUUUCAAAAAAAAAAAAACAAAAAUCUAGCCGAAGUAAUAAAUUCAAGCUGAAAAAGUACUAAAUUGAAUUUUACUUCGACUAGAAUUUAUUACUUUCUCGGUUUAAAUUUACUUUUUAGGAUAAAAUUUAGUACUUAUUCGGCUUAAAUUUAGUACUUAUUCGAAUUAAAUUUAAUACUCUUUCCGAUUGAAUUCAGAACAUUUUCAGCUAGAAUUUACUAUAUUUUUGGAUAGAAUUUAGUAUGUUUUCGACUAAAAUUUAGUACUUUUAAUUAUUGAAUUUACUUCUUCUGUAGAUUAAAUUUUCAAAAAAAAAAUACAAAGAUCUAACCGAAGUACUAAAAUCUAGCUGAAAAAGUAUACUGAAUACAAUGGGAAAAGGUACUAAAAAGCUUAUAAAGUACUAAAUUGAAUUUUACUUCGACUAAAAUUUAGUACUUUUAGGCUUUUGCUCCUCAGUCUCUACCAAUUUAAGACUAAAAAAAAGAAACGUUCAUCUGGUGAAUUUUUUGAUUUCUUUGCGAAUUUUUUGAAUAUUUCUAUUCAGAUAAACACUUCUUGAAAAAAAUUUAAAACUCACACCACAAACUUAAAUAUUUUUUACCCAAAAUACUAAUUUAAAAAAAAUAUUGUUUAUAAUUAAAAAUCAACCGCAUAACAUUAAAGAAUUUUUCCCAAAUUGCUCUCAUGGAAAUCAUGGAAAAAUGUGGAAUUUUAUGUAGAAAAAUGGAAUAUUUGAGGAAUUACAAGAGAAAGGACUUUAUAAA